AUGUUAGCCUCCUCAUCUAGUGACGACGAACUCGAUGAUCGGCAGCAGUCACCUCUAGGUGCCCCCACUGUCCACGCCACAGGCUGUGGCGGUGACGGCAGUGUUGGACGUGGAAGCAGAGGUGUCAGUGGCAGAGCUGCUCCUGUUGCUCAUCCCACAGUACCUAGUCAGAUUAUAAGGAAAUCCCAAUCACCACAGCAGCAGCAGCAGUGUCAACCUAAUGGAGCUCGAUGCUCCAAAACUCGCCAUCAAAUCUUCUCUUCAACGCUCUCCCGUUCUAGUGUUCGUUCAAAUGAUGCAUGUGACAGUGGAAAGCAUAGGUUAGUUAUUCUUUUUGUUAACCGGAUCGCCAUGUCAUUUUUCGUUGAAGUCGUAUGCCACAUCUCGAACUUUCACCGUAAUUUCUUCCACCUGUUAUUAGUUGUGAUGAAUCAAACCGUAUGUCUUUUAAACAGCUUUUGUAAUACAGGCUUCUGCACAAGUUUCUCUUUGAGCGACGUCUUUGACCAGUAA